AUGUUGCUUCGACGACAAUUCCUCGCAACAACCCGCCGUGUCGCAUCUGGAGAUGCGUCACGAACUGCUCUGAGAACCGCGAGAACUUCGCCGAGCCUCCUCCACAGCCCAUAUCUUGUUCCAGCUCUCACGACCUACCCAGUAUCUCGACUACCUCUCACUAACAUCCGCCACUAUGCGAACGGAAGGCCACACCCCCCCGGCGGAACCCACCGCAUGAACAUGGGCGGCGGCGAGGAGGAGAAACCGGCACUCGAACAAUACGGAAUCGACUUGACUGCCAAGGCGAAAGAUGGAAAGUUGGACCCUGUCAUUGGCAGAGAUGCAGAAAUUCAGCGCACAAUCCAAGUCCUCUCCCGGAGAACAAAGAACAACCCCGUCCUCAUCGGCAAUGCGGGAACGGGAAAGACGGCAAUUCUGGAAGGGCUGGCCUUGAGGAUAGUGCGAGGCGAUGUGCCCGAGAGCAUCAAGAAGAAGAGGGUCAUCAGUCUUGACCUUGGGUCGCUCAUCGCAGGAGCCAAGUUCCGAGGUGACUUUGAGGAGCGGUUGAAGAAGGUGCUGACGGAGGUGGAACAAGCCCAUGGCGAAGUCAUACUCUUCAUCGAUGAGCUACACACCCUUUUGGGUCUUGGAAAGGCUGAAGGUUCCAUCGACGCUUCGAAUCUCCUGAAGCCUGCACUUUCAAGAGGCGAGCUGCAAUGCUGCGGUGCAACAACACUGAACGAGUAUCGUCUGAUCGAGAAAGAUGUGGCACUCGCAAGGCGUUUCCAGCCAAUCGUGGUGAACGAACCAACCGUGGAGGAUACCAUCAGCAUCCUUCGCGGAAUCAAGGACAAGUAUGAGGUGCACCAUGGUGUAAGGAUUACGGACGGUGCCCUUGUUGCCGCUGCGACCUAUUCGAACCGCUACAUUACCGACCGAUUCUUGCCUGACAAAGCCAUCGACCUGAUGGACGAGGCUGCCAGCUCCCUCCGACUGCAACAAGAAUCCAAACCAGAAGACAUCAUGCGCCUCGACCAAAAGAUUAUGACGAUACAAAUCGAGCUCGAGAGUUUGAGGAAAGAAAAAGAUGUGGCUAGUAAGGAGAGGCGCAGCAAGUUGGAGGAUGACCUCAGAAAAUACCAAAAGGAGGUCAGGUUACUUACUGAAAGGUGGGAGAAGGAGCGAGGCGAAAUCGACUCCAUCAAGAAGACGCAGGAAGAGCUGGACAAGGCGAGGAUCGAGCUCGACCAAGCGCAGAGAACUGGAAAGUUUGGGCGUGCUUCCGAGCUGCGAUUCGGCAUUAUCCCAUCUCUGGAGAAGAAGCUUCCGAAAGAGGGCGAGGAGAAGAGAGCCUCCGAUGACAGCCUGAUCCACGACUCGGUGACGGCAGACGACAUUGCCACCGUCGUCUCGCGCAUCACCGGCAUUCCGGUCUCGAAGCUGACGUCCGGUCACAUCGAGAAGCUGGUGCACAUGGAGGACACCCUGCGGCAGUCUGUUCGCGGCCAAGACGAGGCCCUCAAGGCUGUAGCCGACGCCGUGAGGAUGCAGCGCGCCGGCCUCUCUGGCGAAAACCGGCCCCUCGCCUCCUUCUUCUUCCUCGGCCCCACAGGCGUGGGCAAGACGGAGCUCUGCAAGAAGCUUGCCGGCUUCCUCUUCUCCACCGAGUCUGCCGUCGUCCGCUUCGACAUGUCUGAGUUCCAAGAGAAGCACACCAUCUCGCGCCUCAUCGGCGCCCCCUCAGGAUACGUGGGCUACGAGGACGCCGGCCAGCUGACCGAGGCCGUGCGGCGCAAGCCCUACGCCGUGCUGCUCUUUGACGAGUUCGAAAAGGCGCAUCGCGACAUCUCGGCCCUGCUCCUGCAGGUCCUGGACGAGGGGUACCUCACCGACGCGCAGGGCCACAAGGUCGACUUCAAGAACACCAUCAUCGUGCUGACGUCCAACCUGGGCGCCGACAUCCUCGUCGGCAACGACCACCUCCACCCGUACAAGGAGACGCCCGACGGCGAGAUCGACCCGUCGGUCAAGAAGGCCGUCAUGGACGUCGUGGCCGCCGCGUACCCGCCCGAGUUCCUCAACCGCAUCGACUCGUUCAUCAUCUUCAAGCGCCUCGCCCUGAGCGCCCUGCGCGACAUUGUCGACAUCCGCCUGCGCGAGCUGCAGGCGCGGCUCGAUGAUCGGCGCAUCGCGCUCGAGGUCCCCGGCGAGGUGCGCGACUGGCUCGCCGAGCGCGGCUACGACCCCAAGUUUGGCGCGCGCCCGCUGAACCGCCUCAUCACGACCGAGAUCGGCAACGGGCUGGCCGACAGGAUCAUCCGCGGCCAGAUCAAGAUGGGCGACGUGGCGACCGUGUCCAUCAAGGAGGACAAGUCUGGGCUCGAGAUCACGGCGACUACACCCGCCUCGGCAACGCCGGUCGCUGGUGAGGCGGAGGGCGACGCUGCCUCUUCCUCCUAG